AUCGACACUUCGAACAGUUGAGAUUACCCUAUACUUCUCCGCAACCAAACUUGGCAACGACUAACAAGCUUCCUUCUCCAAUUGCAUUUCUUUGUUCUUGAUUCAAAGCCUUAAAGUCUUUGAGCUUCCAUCCGUUCCAUAUCAUACAAUCAUUUCCAGCAGAAGACAUAUUCUCUCCUCUCAGCCCUUGACAGGUUUCUCAUCUCCACAUCACUUGAGACAUAUUCAGCUCAUUGAUCUUAGCCAUGUCACAAGAUCAAGACGUUUCAAGCUCCCUCAAGAACCUGUCAAUCGACACAGAGGACGAGCCCGCAACGACAUCGAAAAAGCCAGCACCCAAAAAGAAGACCAAGAAGGUCGUCGCAGACUCAUGGGAAGACUCCGACUCAGACUCCGAUGCAGAGCCUGAAGCCGAAUCACAGUCAAACAAGCCAACUCCCACCGCGACACCUGCACCACCUCCCCCAACGCCCAUGUCGCCCGUCGGUGGCUUACCAUGGGAAUCUCCAUCAGGAAGUCCCGGUCCUCGCGCCGGAGCUGACCCGGAUAAACGGCCUGAGAAGACAGAUGCCGUGGCUCGUCGUAUGAUCGCUGCUGGACUAGGCCUCAAGGCACCAAAACAGACGGAGGAGCAAAGGGCGUACCAGAGGAGUGUUCGUGAGCAGGAGAAGAAGAGGAGGGAGCAAGAGAAGGAGGAGGAAAAGAAACGACAGGCUGAUGUUGAGAAGGCAAAGGCAGCUAUUUGGGAUGAUUAACUGAAUCUCUUAUUAACAAGCUCGGAUGACUGUUUCUUAAAUCAACUUUAUCAAAAUCCCUCAUUGGCACCUGAAGUAACGGUUUGGAGGCAUUCCACUGGUAUAAAUAUUGAGUCCUCUUACUGGCAAAUGCGAGAGUUGGUAUUGACAUAUUGAAGCAAGAGAGAAACAGGUGCAAAUCUUCUCGCAUGGCAGACAACAAGAGCUUACAAUGCAUGUUUCUUAUUAGGCAACCCUCAGAGAACUUCCUGAAUCGAGAGACUUAGAGUCAAAGAGAAAAAGAUACAGGAUAGAGUAUAUAAGUCAUCAAGAUUGAGAAAUACAUAUCAGCAGAUCCCUUCUAC